ACAAUUAUAUUCGAAUAUUUGAACAAAUUGGAAUUAUUAUUUUAUUAUAUUAGCUUUAUAGGAGUAUAAUGAUUUUUAUGGAUGACAAAACAGUAAAUAAAGCAUAGUUGAAUUAAACCAAAUUGUAGUUUAGUUCUUGGACCAUGUUGUUGUAUUAUAAAAGGUCUUGAAUGAAAAAUGUCUUAUGUAUUGAUAAUUUAUAUUUUUUACGAUUUUUGGUAAAGAGGGGAGGAGAAAGUUGAUAUUAAGAAGAAUAAUUUUUACUAAAGUGUAGUACACUUCGCAGUUAUGUGAAACAUAAACUGCAAUGCAAGCUACAAGCCAUGAAGUCUUGGUUGUCAAAUUAUUUUGAUGUCGGAGAAUGUAUGUACUUGAGAAGUUUUAAUUUCUAUGUUAAAAUACUGAACGUUACACCUAUUGUCACGCUCAAUUUGGAAACGGGAUCUCCACCCUACAUGCCACGUCGCGUGACUGGGGAAGACGAGCAUACCGAUUAUACGAAUCAUUUGGGAAUACAGAAUCUAUUCCCGACAGAACAAGGAGAUAUUGCG